AUGCCCUGCCGCCGGCCGCCCGAGGUGUUGGAGAAGCUGGUGGACCUGUUUAAGGGUCUAUUGUCUGCCAAGAUGAUCAAUUACUCUAGAUCACCGUGGGCUUCCCCGAUCGUGGUGAUCAUCAAGAAGAACGGAGUGGAUAUCAGGUUGUGUAUCGAAUAUCGGUUGGUUAACAGUCUAACACAGCUGAUGAUCUACCCAAUGCCCUUGAUCAGUGACUUACUUGAAGAUCUGGAAUCGACACUCUGGUACUGUUCUUUGGAUAUGGCGAGGGGAUUUUGGGUAGUGAAAAUGACGCAUCGUGCUCCGAAUGACCUUUGGCUUGAAAAAUGUGCCCCGAUCUAUCAACGUAUGAUCGACAACGCACAAUAUGGAUUCACCCGGUUCCCCACGUCCGAAAAUCACGGAAAUACUUUGGAUGUGUUUGAGGACGGGGAACCGGUGGAUCCAGGCAAGCCAUCGGUGCUUGGGCAUAGAUCAUACAUCUACAACAUCCUGAUCCCAGGUUUACUCGAAGCGUGCGAUAAGUGGGAUCUGUCGAUCACUGUGGUUAAGAGUUUCUGGGGAAUGUUAGAGGUGGAAUAUCUCGGUCAUAAGGUCUCCUCCCACAAUGGACUAGAGGCGAAUCCGACAGGUCUGUCGGCAUUGACUGAUCUAGCGUUUCCAGGAUCACUUAGAGCCAUGCAGUCAUUUUUGGGAAGUCUGACCUACUAUAACCGUCGGUUUUAUCAAGAGUCGCAGGAAGAUCAAGCGAUCGGCCAGCAGAAGACACUAGAUCUGGAGUCGCAAGAUCUCACUGAAGUGGAUCCGCGUUGGAUUCAUACCUAUCGAUCUUUCAGUGUGCUUAAAUCCAAGAUCGUCACUACUCCGAUCUUGCGGCACUUGGUGUAUGCUAGUGGCUGGGCCAUUUCGGGAUCGUUGAUGGAGGGGUACGACAAGAUCUACUACCCUGGGAUGUUUGCGAGCCGUACCCUGAAGUCAAAUGAGGUGAAUAUGGUAUCGCGAAGAAGGAGGUACUGGCCUUACUGCGGAUCCUAG